AUGGCUAUUCUCUACGACCUCGGAAUUCGGCUCGUCGCGUUGACGUCGGUGGCCUUCAUAGGAGCCGUGGUGUAUAGCUACAUCAAAAUGCUGAUGUUGCGGCCCAAACUCCCUCCAGGACCCUUUCCAUUGCCCAUUAUUGGGAACAUGCACUUAUUGAAGUCGUCUAAGCCCUGGCUGCAGUUCGACAAAUGGAGCCAGGAGAAUGGCGAAGGUCUCCUGACAAUAUGGAUUGGCCGCUUUCCUAUCAUCAUUUGUAAUGAUGCUUGGUCGGCCUCGGAACUCAUGGAAAAGAGAUCUCAUAUGUACUCCUCCCGACCACGAUACGUUAUAUUCGGGGACAUCACUGGCCAACAGCACUGUAACCAAGUCUUCAUGCCUCACAAUGACCACUGGCGUCUCCAGCGAAAGAUCAUGCAUACCGCGGUAGGCUCCCAGGCAUUGAAACCCUACAAGAGUUUCCAAGAAGACGAAGGCAAGAUUCUCAUGAGGGAACUUUUGGACAGCCCAAAGGAUUUCGCACUCUACUUCGAGCGAUAUGCCUGCUCACUUGUAUCAAUUCUGGGCUAUGGGAGACGGAUUGACUCGAAAGACGACUACAUGCUCCGAUUCGCCGUGUCCAUGAUGGAUGGGAUUACCAUGAUGCAGGUUCCCGGAUUAUACUGGCUCGAGGCCAUUCCUGAACUGCAGUAUCUACCCUCUUGGAUUUACGCCCUGCCCAACAGGCUUCGAAAACGCAGCCAGGCGGUCGCUAAAUACUGGUGGGGUCUUGUGUCGGAGGGUGCACAGGCACGAGAGAACAACUUUGCCAAAACGCUCGUCAGGUCCAAGGAAGAGCAAGGUCUAACAGAGCUGGACAUUGCUGAGAUGAUCGCUAAUACGAUCGGCGGAGGGCUCGACACAACGUCGAGUACCUUGCACACUCUAGUUCUGGGACUUUGUGUCUUCCCCGAGGCUCAGAAAAAAGCUCACGAGGAACUCGACCGUGUGGUUGGACAAGAUCGUUCGCCCACCUGGGACGACCUCGACCAGCUUCCAUAUUGUGCGGCUGUCCUAAAAGAAGCUAUGCGAUGGCGAAGUGUUACGGCUAUGGGAGGGUUUGCUCACUGCCCCGAGAGGGAUGAUGAAUACCGUGGAUACCAUUUCCCUGCCGGCAUCGCUGUCUUCGGCAAUCUCUGGGGCAUCCACCGAAAUCCCAAAGACUUCCCAGAGCCCGACGUGUUCAACCCUGAUCGCUAUUUGAAAGAAAAUCAACGCCAGUACCCGAAUUCACGAGGCCAUAACGCUUUUGGAUGGGGUCGCAGAAGCUGUAGUGGACAACUCUUUGCUGAACAGGGUUUGGCAAUGACUGUUGCACGCAUGCUAUGGUGCUACAAUUUUGAGCCAGGCUUGGAUGAAUUUGGCAACCCUGUCAAGCUUGACAUCUGGAAUUUCACCGACAACGAAAACACCCAGCCACGACCCUUCCCCGCGAGAUUCCUUCCGCGUAGUGAGACGAUCAGAGACAUCAUUGUCCAACAAGCUCAGGAAGCCAGAGUACGGCUUCAAGUCUACGAAAGCGAGGCCAAGACGAAGUUCUCACUAUAG